AUGAUUUUCAGGCCCAUACUCAUUCUUCCUCCUGACAUUGAAACCAUUGAGUGUCAUCAGUCUGAAGCUGAACAAGAGUUCUAUAAUGCCCUUUUUAAGAGAUCAAAAGUUCAGUUUGACCAGUUUGUGGCACAAGGAAAGGUUCUUCACAACUAUGCACAUGCCCUUGGGCUACUGCUUUGUUUAAGGCAGUGUUGCAACCACCCAUUUUUUGUUUCGAGUCAGCAUGAUUCACAAAACUUUGCAGACUUGGACAAGCCUGCCAGAAGAUUCCUUGAAACCCUUCAUGAUUCUCCAAGUUCAGAUCAGAUUCUCCCCACCCAAGUACAUGUCGGAGAGGUUGUUGAGGAUAUCGAUUGGGUUGGAAACACAGAGUGUCCCAUAUGCUUGGAUUGCACAUAUGAUCCUGUACUUACACCAUGUGGACAUAAGAUGUGCAGGGAGUGUCUGAUCUCAAGGUGGGAGAGACAAAGAUGGCCAUAUCUUGGUAGUUUUGGUCAAUGCCAAGUAUGUCGGAAAUGGAUGGACAAAACUGACCUCAAAACUUGCACAUUAGAAAACUGUUUCCAGGUUGGAGUCGAGGAAAACUGGAAGGAGUCUUCUAAGGUUUCAAAGCUCUUGGACAUCUUGGAACAAAUUCUUCAGUCAGGUCCUCAUGAAAAGUGCAUCAUUUUCAGUCAGUGGACUUCAUAUUUGGAUCUCUUGGAGGUCUCUAUGAAGAGAAGAAAUAUUAUGUUUUUAAGGAUUGAUGGCAAUCUGACAGAGGAUGAGACGAAUAGGGUUUUUAACGACUUCAGCCUUUACCGCACCAAAGAUAAACAGGUCUUGUUGAUGUGUUUAAGAACUGAAGAUGUUGGUCAUGAUUUGAGUGCAGCAUCUAAUAUCUUUUUAAUGGAUCCAUGGUGGAAUCCUGCUGUCGAGGAGAAAACACUUAUGAGAAUUAUACGCAGUAGACAACAUCCAACUGUUGUUAGAAGAUUUAUUGUCAAGGACACAGUGGAGGAACGCAUGCAACAGCUUCAGUCUAGAAAGCAGCAAAUGAGUGUGGAAGUUCUCCCUGUUGAGAAAGAUCGAUGGGCCAGAAUUGAGGACCUCAAAAUGAUUUUCAGAUGAAUUAUCCAUA